AACUGUCACAACAAAAACAAACCAAACGUCACAACAACAACAACAACAACAAAAACCCAAACAAAUAAGAGAAUUUGAUGGAAGAAAAUCAUGCCGGUGGACAUAAAAGAGCUGACAGAGGGUUGGCUGGAGCUGGAAAGCGACCCGGGCCUCUUCACCCUACUGCUCGAGGAUUUCGGGGUCAAGGGGGUCCAAGUGGAGGAGAUCUACGACCUAAACAAACCCCUGGACAGUCAAGUUUACGGGUUCAUUUUCCUGUUCCGGUGGGUGGAGGAGCGCCGUUCCCGUAGAAAAGUCGUCGAGCACACGGAAACGUUCGUGCGGGACGAGGACGUGGUCAAUAACAUUUUUUUUGCCCAACAAAUGGUGCCCAACUCGUGCGCCACCCACGCCUUGAUCAGCAUCUUAUUGAAUUGCGCCAACAUCCACUUGGGGGACACCCUGUUUCGCCUCAAGGCCCACACCCACGGUAUGUCCCCGGAGAACAAGGGCUGGGCCAUAGGGAACACCCCGGAACUGGCUUGCGCCCAUAAUUCCCACGCCAUGCCGCAGGCAAAGAGGAAGUUGGAGAAAAGCAGCGCUGUGUCCACGGGGAGGUUCACGGGGCGCGGGGAGGCCUUUCACUUUGUCAGUUUCGUACCGAUCGGUGGGCGGUUGUAUGAAUUAGACGGUCUCAAGCCCUUCCCGAUUGAUCAUGGCCCUUGUAGCGACCAGGACUGGACUGACAAGUUCCGAAGCGUAAUCCAGGACCGUUUGGGGAUCACCGCGGACGAAUACAACGAAAUCCGGUUCAAUUUGAUGGCGGUGGUGCCGGAUCGUCGCCUCGCCAUCCAGCACAAGCUGAAGAUGCUGAGGACCAACAAGCAAAUCGUGCUGGACGCCAUCCAGCAAAUAAUCCGGAUCAAGGCAAAGAAGGAGGAACCCCAUAAGGCGACUCCGGAGGAAUCCGGAGGGGAUUCGGAAAAACCGGAAGACAAUCAACCGAUAGCGACCACAAGCAGCGGGGUGACCCUGUGCCCCCUGGACUAUUCCACCCCAUUGACUAUACAAACGUCCCCUGCCCCCAGUACUUCCGGUACGGACACGCCCUCUGACGUCGGAUCGUUGAAUUCGGCUUUUAAUUCGCCGACGCAGGGCUGGAAUUGGGCCAGCGCCUCGGCCCCCCAAAACAGCCCGAAUUCGAGGGAUCUGAAGCGGUUCGUGGUACUUCGGAUGGCCGAGCAAGAGAAGCUUAAUGCCGAGGCAGAAAAGCAGCAACAAGCAAAACCGAAAGGAGUGGGGGGCGGAUUGGUCCACGCCCGAGUCCACACGAGCGACGGCGACCCCGUCAUAGCGGAGAAAAAGAGCCACGAGAUCCUCGAGCCCCACACGUUCGCCCCCAAGGACCUGCUCGCCCUCCUCGGCAACCUGGAGAACGAGAUCUGCCUGUGCGAGAUGAGCCUGAAGGACGAAAACGACAAACAGAACAAAUACAAGGUAGACGACUGUAGACGCACCCACAACUACGACGAGUUCAUUUGCACCUUUUUGUCGAUGUUGGCGGAACAAGGGAAAUUGGCCGAUUUAGUGGAGAAGAAUUUGAUUGUGCCGAAAAGGCCGAGCGCGGGAGGGGUGCCCGCCCCCAAGACCGUCAAAGUGAACAAGAAGGAGACGAACCAGCACAAGAAGAAGAAGAAAAAGGGACGGGCCAAAGUGAAACGGAGAAGAUGAGCGGAGGCUGUUUUAUUCAGGAAAUAAACUGUUUCCGUUUUUAUAAGUGUUUUACUUUUUUUUCAAAUAAACAUGUUUAGGACCACUG